UGAGGCAGCAGAGGGGAGGGGAGGCUCCAUGCUGUUUAUAAAAAUCCAAGCUUGAGAAUCCCGACUCCACAAACACACCACACACACAUUCAUCCUCACACACACACACAUUCAUCAUCACACAUCUGGAGGUUUCUCUCCUCCCUCUCUCUCUCUCCGGCUCCCUCCAUCCCGGUGGACUCUGGCAUCCUCCCGUCUUCUUCUCACAAGUCAGAGAGUGUUUGGAAGUGCGCUCCGAAUGCCUUCCCGCCCGCGCUCCCUCAAAAGUGUGCGACUGACGGACUGACUUGAGCGAGCGCAGCCGGGAGGUCCGUCAAGUGUAUGUGGGUCUUUGCCGGGCGCACCCCCCGCCGCUCCGCCUCUCGCGCCCCUCCUCAGGAUCCGCGGGUCCUCUUCCUCCGCGACAGGCUCCCCACACCAAGCGGUCACCAUUUCCGCCCCCGGGAGACCCACGCUGGCCGCUCAGCCCCUUCCCCGACUCAGCAUCGGGAGGAAGACCCUGGUGGCGGCCGCCGUGGGGGUUAUGCUGGUCCUGGUCCUGGUGGUGCUCAUCCCCGUGCUGGUCAGCUCCGUGGGCACAGACCCCAGCCACUAUGAGAUGCUGGGCACCUGUCGGAUGGUGUGCGACCCCUACCUGAACAAGGGCACCCCCAGCAGCAGCACCAGCUCCACGGGGCUCCAGGCGGAGGCGGAGGCGCUGAGCGACCACGGCAACGUGCUGCCGCCCUCCACGCUCCUGCAGGGCCCGCAGGGGAAGCCGGGCAGGCCGGGGAAGCCGGGGCCGCCCGGGCCGCCGGGGGAGCCGGGGCCGCCCGGACCGGCGGGGCCUCCCGGUGACAGGGGGGACCAGGGCAGGACCGGGGUUUUGGGCUUGGGAGGGAACGGAGCUAUCAGCACCGCCACCUACAGCACGGUGCCCCGGGUGGCCUUCUACGCCGGCCUCAAGAACCCGCACGAGGGCUACGAGAUCCUCAAGUUCGACGACGUGGUCACCAACCUGGGCAACAACUACGACGGCAUCGCCGGGAAGUUUGUGUGCAGCAUCCCGGGCACGUACUUCUUCAUCUACCACGUGCUGAUGAGGGGAGGGGACGGCACCAGCAUGUGGGCCGACCUCUGCAAAAACGGGCAGGUACGAGCCAGCGCCAUCGCCCAGGAUGCGGACCAGAACUACGACUACGCCUCCAACAGCGUCAUCCUCCACCUGGACGCAGGGGACGAGGUCUACAUCAAGCUGGACGGCGGCAAAGCGCACGGCGGAAACAACAACAAGUACAGCACCUUCUCGGGCUUCAUCCUCUACGCGGACUGAGGACAAUCGGUCACACUGACUGAAAAGGAAAGAGAGUUGUGGGGUGGAGAGGAUGUGUGUUCAAAUGCCUUCUAAGUUCCCACUCUUUCUUCUUAUUAUUCUUCUCUCCAUCAUCAUCUUGGAUGACCUUGGCAACUAUGAGACCUCCGGGUUGAGGCCUGGACACACUGGCAGAGGGAUGCCACAAGGAUUUUUGCGAAUGGGACAGGGGAGGCUGCGCCAAUGUGUCGGAAGCUCCUCGCUAUCAUCUCUCUUUCCAUCGCCCCUGCACACCGUGGACUCUCACACCUCUUCUCUCCACAGCGUGGUCCCAAUUUUGACUGAAAUGCGUAGUGUCGUUCGUGCAAUUUUACCUUAGAUUGUGUUUUUAUUUGGCAGCGAUGCAUACUAUUCUGCACAGACCGAUUGAAAAAAACUUGAUGAUAUCCCCGUCCUGUUGUGAAGAUACCCUCCGAGAUGUUGUUUGUGACGCAGAAGAGCUGAACGGACGGCAGCGUUCAGCGGCGUACCUCCUCAUGUAUGCUCAACUAUAGGCAAUACCCUUCCACCAGCUGCCAGUCCUGCUGCUCUUGGGGUUCAAAGUGUCUCUUAGAUGUCCUUGUUCUAUGUAGAUCAUCAACACGAGCAAAGCAAAAGGUAGCUAAAGAGCAGUUAUUGACUGGAAGGAAGCGGCGGCGGUGGUGGCGUCUCUUAGGCAUCGCUGAUUGUCCUCUGUUCAUUCGCCGACACAAGUGUUAAUAUUUACUCAACAUGGCAGCCCGACCGCUCGCCUUAGGAUGAUUGGGCGGACUGCAUGUGUGUGUGUGAGUCAGUGUGUGUGUAUGUGUGUGUGUGUGAACAGUGUGCACACACACCCCGCCCCUCGCCCCCACCCCAAAGGAGUGUGUGCAUGCUAGCAUGUGGUGUGCCAUAGCUAUACACGGUCCUCCCCAGAGUCGAUAUUCUAUUUAGCUCCAGUCAGGGGGCAGCACAGCCGCUAUAGACAUGAUGAGCUUCUAAAUGAAGUCUAUGACAUGUUUGUCCAUCCUAUCUUUUGAAAAUGUUGAACACAUUUAAAUAAUAAAUGGGAUUUUUCUUUUCUUUCUUUUUUUUUUGAGUGGGUGGUCUCUCAGGUGUCCUUGUAAUCCCAAAUAGGCCAAUUAGAAUAAAAUGAUCUACGGAGGUUCACAGAUGAGAGUGGAAUCAAUGCCGCUUGAAAUGAAGAUGCUGUUUAAAAUAGCAAUGGUCUGUCUGUUGUAGGAUGAAGAGAAAGGCGGCAAGACAUGAGGUUCCGCGCAAAAACCCUGCGACUUUUAAAGGCAACUCCGGCCUACUGAUUGUUGAGAUACAUGAGCAUGAACAUGUGGAAACGGCGAUUCAAAAAACUGUUAAGGGAAAGCAAAGGCACUGAUAUGACUCUAGCCUGGGGAACCUCACUCCAUUCACUUAGUCCAACACGGUAUGAACAAUGACUAAGCAAGUGAAUUGACAUUUUUCGGAGACUUGGGAAUCCUUGUAUCGCAAAAAGGCCAAUUCGGAGAGAAUGAUCUGUACAGCUUCUCGGAUGAGAGUGCAAACAAUGCCACCUGAAAUAAAGUUUAAAAUAACUGUGCAAAGAACUUGAGGCUCUAAGCCAACAGGCAGCAUACUUUCAAACGUAGCAUACAGUAGGCCUUGUGAGAUACAGGAGAAGGAACGUGUGGAAGAAGCCACUCAAAAAGGUGCCAACGUUUAGGGAAUGCAGACAUAUUGAUGUGUCUCUAGCCUGAAGAAUUGUACUCCGUUCAAUAUCAAGAUGUCUAAACUGUGUGCGCAAUGAGAAAGCUAGUGCAGAUUUUGAACAUAUGGUGAAUUAAUGAGCGGAUGGUCCCUCUGAAGUCCUUGUAACAACCGUCUGUUUGUGCAAAUAAACAGAACUGCUGCAGAAACCUGCAGAAACCUGAAGCUCAUAGCUAAACGUCUUCAUGCUUCCAAAUGUAACAAAGUCUUGUUGCGAUGUAUGAGCAUGUCAACAUGCGCAAGGAGACACCAAUGUUGAGGGAAUGCAGACGUAUUGAUGUGUUUCUAGCCUGAGGAACUUCACUCCCUUCACUUAGUUGUACACUCAACAAAUGAACUGACAUUUUUCGUGAUUCGGGAAUACUUGUAUCGCAAAAAGGCCAAAUUAGGAGAAAAUGAUCUGUGGACAUUCUAGGAUGAAAGUGUAAACAAUGCCACCUGAAAUAAAGUUGCUGUUUCAAAUACCAACAGUCUGUUUGUGCAAAGAACCAGAGGCUCUGAGCUAACAGGAGCCAUACGUUCAAAGGUAACGUACACUAGAACCUACUGACUUGUUGAGAUACAAGAGUAGGAACAUGUGAGAAGCCAAUCAAAAAGGUGCCAAUUUUGAGGGAAGUCAGACGAUUGAUGUGUUUCUAGCCUGGGGAACCUCACUCCAUUCAAGAUCGAUAAGUCUAAACUGUGUACGCAAUGUAAAAGCUAGUGCAGAUUUUGAACAUAUGGAGAAUUAAUGAGCGGCUGGUCCCUCUGAAGUCCUUGUAACAACCGUCUGUUUGUGCAAAUAAACAGAACGGCUGCAUGAAGCUCAUAGCUAAAUGUCUUCAUGCUUCCAAAUGUAACAGAGGUUUGUUGUCGAGAUGUAUGAGCAUGUCAACAUGCAAAAGGACACACCAGUGUUGAGGGAAUGCAGACGUAUUGAUGUGUCUCGAGCUUGGGGAACCUCACUCCCUUCACUUAGUCGUGCACCAGGCCAAUGAACUGACAUUUUUCGUGAUUCAGGAAUACUUGUAUCGCAAAAAGGCCAAAUUAGGAUAAAAUGAUCUGUGGAGAUUCUAGGAUGAAAGUGUAAACAAUGCCACCUGAAAUAAAGUUGCUGUUUCAAAUACCAACAGUCUGUUUGUGCAAAGAACCAGAGGCUCUGAGCUAACAGGAGCCAUACGUUCAAAGGUAACGUACACUAGAACCUACUGACUUGUUGAGAUACAGGAGUAGGAACAUGUGAGAAGCCAAUCAAAAAGGUGGCAAUGUUGAGGGAAGUCAGACGAUUGAUGUGUUUCUAGCCUGGGGAACCUCACUCCAUUCAAUAUCGAUAAGUCUAAACUGUGUACGCAAUGUAAAAGCUAGUGCAGAUUUUGAACAUAUGGAGAAUUAAUGAGCGGCUGGUCCCUCUGAAGUCCUUGUAACAACCGUCUGUUUGUGCAAAUAAACAGAACGGCUGCAGAAAUCUGCAGAAAUCUGAAGCUCAUAGCUAAAUGUCUUCAUGCUUCCAAAUGUAACAAAGGCUUGUUGUCGAGAUGUAUGAGCAUGUCAACAUGCAAAAGGACACACCAGUGUUGAGGGAAUGCAGACGUAUUGAUGUGUCUCGAGCUUGGGGAACCUCACUCCCUUCACUUAGUCGUGCACCAGGCCAAUGAACUGGCAUUUUUCGUGAUUCAGGAAUACUUGUAUCGCAAAAAGGCCAAAUUAGGAUAAAAUGAUCUGUGGAGAUUCUAGGAUGAAAGUGUAAACAAUGCCACCUGAAAUAAAGUUGCUGUUUCAAAUACCAACAGUCUGUUUGUGCAAAGAACCAGAGGCUCUGAGCUAACAGGUGCCAUACUUUCAAAGGUAACGUACACUAGACCUCCUGGCUGUUGUUGAGAUACAGGAGUAGGAUCAUGUGAGAAGCCACUCAAAAAGAUGCCAAUGUUGAGGGAAAUCAGACAAAUUGAUAUGUCUCUAGCCUGGGGAACCUCACUCGAUUCAAUAUCGAGAAGUCUAAACUGUGUGCACAAUGAGAAAGCUAGUGCAGAUUCUGAACAUAACAUAUGGUGAAUUAAUGAGCGGAUGGUCCCUCUGAAGUCCU